ACACGCGGAGGGGGGAGAAAGUGUUUUCUGGUUUGUGUAAACUGAGGUGUUUCUUUAGCGUUCGUUGCUUCGGUCAGCUUCACGAUAAUUAGUAUUUCGUUAGUAAUAAGCUAAUCAGCUAGUAAACGUUUUGUUUCCUCUACACAGACGGCACGGAAAUGGCCACCUCGGAGGUCCAGCAGAAAAGUGGUGCACUGCCUCUCUCUGCCCUGCGCCUCGUGGUGCCGCCGCUGCGCCUCAUGUCUGCUUUCCUCUGGCAAGUGGUUCAGCGUCGCAACGUCACACAGUACGGCAAACUCGAGCAGUUCGUCCUGCUGGUGUCAGACACAGUGCCAGACAUCAUGAGUCAACAUCUGCUUAAUAAGCUGGUCUUUCUUUUAAGGAAAAAGGUGAUAUUGGAGCUCUGUUUUAAAGACCAAACACCUGAUGUGUGGAUCAUUCAAGCGCAUUUGGACACACUACGCAACCUGACUAACAAAAGCAAUGACAUAGAGAGUGAAGUCAUGAAUAACAUAUUUAUAAAGACGAUCCAUAACAUCUUGGAGGACACCGAUAAGAGGGAGAGCUUCCUGCAGAAUGUUCUUCCUGUAGAGUAUGGCUCUGGAUAUGAUGCCAUCCUGCAGAGCUUAGCCUGGGAGUUCCUAACUCGAGUGGAUGAACUCCUGCCUGUGCCGAACCUCAAAGAGACAGCCUCGUGGCUCUGUGGCGGUCUGGCUGCCAUGGAGGACAUCGUCCAGCCACUCUCUGACCCGGUGGAGCUAAGGGACGUGCUGCAGCAUUUCAAAACCAAGAGGCAUAAAAACAGAAACGAACCAGACUUGUCUUCUGCUUCCAUUCAACAAGAGAUGGUGUUGCCUGCCAGUUCUAUCCCACAAGAGAAAAUCUUGCCUCCCUCAUCCAUUGCACAAGAAACCUUCAUUAUCGCACAAGCACUUAGCGAAAAUCAAACUGAAUCUGACUGUGCAGCAGCCACUAUAAUGAGCCCCGCCCAAAGCGAUACCGAGGAGACGGAGCCUUUGGACAGCGUGGAAACUGAGGUCGAGACAGAACUGCAAGAAGAGGCUGUUUACCAAGAGAGCAGUACAGGGAUGUGUGAAGUCCAGCAGAUCUACCUCACUGCAGAUGGCUCUACAGUUAUCGUUUCGGAAUUGGACAAUGGCGGAGAGGACGCCUCUCAGCUGCAGUUUCUAGAACAGUCAGAAGGAGUGGAGACUUCUGAGGUGAGGGAAAUAAGCAUGGAGGAGUGGAUCUCGCAAAUCGCUGGGAAAGUUCUUCCUCUGUCGGUCAUGCCCCCUUCCACUAACGUAGACGUCCUUGCGGAGGAAACGGCGUUCAUUCCCAUUAUUGAAAGACCCCCAUCUAUAAAAUCCAUCAUCAACAGAAAAAGCCCCCCUACUCAAGCAACGGCCAGCAGAAAGGUGAUCACUUUGCCGGCCGAGUCUCGGGCGAACCAAGACUUGGGUGAGAAAAAGCACACGUGUUGUAUGUGUAAGAAAGAGUUUCGUUACGAAUGUCAGUUGAAGAGUCACAUGCGCACACACACCGGAGAAAGACCGUUCCAGUGCUCGGACUGCGGCAAAAGCUUCCGAUGUCUCAGUUUCCUGUCCAGCCACAUCAAAACACACUCACUAUGCAGACCAUUCAAAUGCACGCAGUGUGCCAAGAACUUCCGCAAGAAAGCCGACCUCAUCAAGCAUGUUCGCGUGCACACGGGGGAGAAGCCAUACAAGUGCAAUAUCUGUGGUAAGAGCUUCUCUCAGAGCUCAUACCUGAAGAUUCACCGCGAGUGUCACACGUCGGAAAACCUGCACCAGUGUCCACACUGUGACAAAUGCUUCCCUACCGCGUUCAAACUGGCGGUACACAUCCGAUACCACUCGAUGGCGCGCUCCUACAUGUGCAACCUGUGCGGCAAGAGCUUCAUCUACGCCAGCCUGCUUCGGAGACACAAGGGCUAUCACGUGGGCGAGCGCAAGUACCUGUGCACCAUAUGUGGCAAGUCCUUCGUGUACAUGUUCGACCUGAAAAAGCACCAGCGCAACCACGAGAAGCCACGCGUGCGUAUCCCGUGCAGGUUGUGCCACAAGACGUUUGCAGGGCCCGAGAUGCUGCGCUGCCAUCUCCGCAUCCAUACGGGAGAGCGGCCCUUCGGCUGCAAGGUGUGCGGCAAAACCUUCUCACAGAUUGGCAACAUGAAGAGGCACGAGCGUGUGCACACGGGAGAGCGGCCGUAUGUCUGUACCGAGUGCGGGAAGACCUACAAGCACUCGUCGCACCUGAAGAACCACAUGCUGAACCACACAGGCGAGCGGCCGUGGCGGUGCACGCAAUGCGGCAAAAGCUUCAAGUUCCAAGGGCCACUGAAGAAGCACGAGCAAACGCACCUGGCCGAGCAGGCCGAACAAACGCGAGGGCGCAAAAGGCACGAAACCAAAAAUCCUUAAAGGGUGUGAGCACCUGUUAUAAUAUUAGCAGGGUUCUGAAUUCCAGUUUGAAGUGUGUAUAUAUAUCAUAGUCUUCAUAUAUGAAGUCAUGUAUAUCUCCAGAAGCUGGAUCAGCUUUCCUAAAGGUCAGAGCAGCGUGUAAGGACAUCGGAAAGGUCACAAAAUGGUGAUGUCUGGUUUAAAGGAAAUCAGUGCUGAUUAGUAAGCGAGUUGAUUUCACUUAAGAGAUAAGUGGAAGAUCAACGAUAAGAUGGAACCUACCAUAGAAGUCUGGUGGCGCCUACGAAUAUAAGCAUAAACUGCGUAUAUAAGAUCUAGUAUUUCAGAUUUUGGACUAUUUCACACAUGGGUGCUUUCAUACCUAGAAAGCAUAUUUUCAUAUUAGUUAUUUGUUUGUUUAAUUGGAACUACUUCUUUAAAGUUCUGAUCAGAACCACCCGUUAUACUAGAUCUAUUUUUGUAACGACUGCUUUAAUCAGGAAAAACUGAGGAUUUUCUAUAUGAGGAACUGUGAUCAAGAUGAAUAAAUAUUCCCAUCUCAUCACGGCGUGCUAUGCUGCUUGCAUCGUACUAAUAAUAGAACUGAAAAUGAAUUGUGAACGUGAAUCUUUUGAUUCCUCGUCCAAAGUCUUCCUUUGAAUCAGAAAUUAAGGUGGUUAUAGUAAAAAAAUUAAAAAUAAUAAUAAAAAAAAACUCACCUCACCAUGAUACAAAUAAAAUAAAGCCUGUAGUUUAAAAUUGUGUAUGUAUGCAAAAAAUGUAUUAUUAUUUUUGUUACUAUUAUAUUUUUAUCACGUAGGUAUGUCGUUUCUUUCUGUGUCCCAUCUAUCUGCUGAGCUUUAUCUUGUUGGGGUCUGGCAAAUGACAACCUUCACUCAGGUGUGCUUUCAACCAAAUGACAAUAACCCAAUGGAUUCAAAUUGUAGCUUGUUCUCCAGUGCAGUGCAGUGUGUGUGUAUACUACAUCCUGCCUCAGCUCCAUAUCAUUCCAGUUCAGGUUACUGUCUGUGUGGUUUCAUAGGUUCCCCCACCGGGUUCUCUAGCAUCUUCUCACCUCCCAAAUACAUGCAGGCGGGUGAACGAUCUACACUAAAUUGGCCUUAGAAGUGAACGAAUAUGCGCGACGGUCAUGUGCCCAGUGUUCCUUGGAUGCAACACGUAACGGCAUACUUGAGUAGGUUCUAAUAAAGAUAAAGAUGGAUGAUAACUUUUACUUGAGUAACAAUACUUUAACAUAAGGUCUUGAUGACUCACCUCAGUUCAAUAGAAGUAAAAGAAAAUGUAAAAAAAAAAAAAAAAAAAGACGACAUAACAGUGAAUGUGUUUGUUUAGCAAUUUAUUUUUGUCUCAACAGAAGUAACUAAACUUUAAAAAAAAGAAAAGGAAAAAAAAAGCCCCAACUGUUUUGCAAUAAAAGUAGGAAGCACCGUGAAGAUGAUUACUAAGCCAGUCAACUGAAGGUAAAGAAACUAAACAAAUCUUAACUACUUCAUACCUGAAACUCAGAUCGAGAAUCACUAUUGUUUAAAAAAAAAAAAGUGAUUUGAACAAUGUUCAGACUAAUGAACAUUUGGUGGUAAUGUUCAUUAGUUUUGUGAAACUUCGAUUCAGAUGCAACAUGAACAGUGCUUUGUUUUUGAGCUGGAAUACAAGGGGUCUGCUUUUGUUUCAUUUCAGUGGACACUGAGUACAAAUGUUGGCAUUACGUCUGCUUAAUGGAAUGAUACGAGACAGAUGUUUCAGAAAAAUACACAAGAUCAAAGUUUCCAUCAUACGCCAUACUCUAAAGUCAGACUUCUUUUGGAGAGAUCAUUAGCAGGAACACAGAACCAAAAACAAACCAACCAUCAUGGGAAUAAUAUCCACAACAAAACUACAAACCCUGAAUCAAGUCUACCCUCUGUUCCGUCUUAGCUCUAAUUACCGGUCUGGGCUUUUUAAUAGGUCAAAUAUUUCAGGAAAGAGAUACAGAUAUUGGAAGCGUUUGCCUCAACUACACAAGUUAGGGGGGAAAAGUGAAACACCCGCGGCCCUUAGGAAGUAGUGAAUGCAAACCCAUACUGACAGAAGUAGUCAUAUGUUUAUAUAGCCAGAUGGAGGGUGAUGGGGCAGUGGUCACUCCCCAUGG